UUCUCACACCAAUCUUGUGGAGUCCAGUUUGACAAGAUAACUCGGUGAAGGCAUAAAACUUUAUGCCUUUUAUUUUCACACCAAUUUUAUGCCAUAACCGAGUUAUCUUGUUAAACUGGACACCAACAAACAUGAGUGAAAUUCUUCAAGUACAUCGCUCAUCUAUUUCUUACUCGGUGCCACUGCCAAUUGCGGAGCCACGGCAACUCACGUCCAAGAGGAAGUACUUAUGGACAUCCUCAGUAGGCUACCUGUGCAGUCUCUUCUUCGAUUCAAAUGCGUUUCGAAAUUUUGGAAUACAUUGAUCUUGGAGCCUUACUUUAAGAUGAAGCAUCUCAAUCAUGCCAAGAAUGACCAAGAUUCCCAAAAAUUUCUUAUUAACCAUAUGUGCCCUAAGGAUAACAUAUUUUCCAUGUAUUGUGUUCCUUUAUCAUCAGUUCAACCGGUUGAGAAGGUACAAAAACUUGAUUGCCCUUCAAACCUUAAACCAUGGCGAUGCACAAUCCAUUGUUAUUGCGAUGGCUUGGUUGUUAUCGAGGUUCCUGAUAAUUUGGAUAAUGAGAGCUCCAUACUUUUGCUGUGGAACCCCUCCACAAGAGAAUCGUUAGUACUUCCCCCUCUAGAAUUUCCACCAGAGGGAGAUUCUCGUUUGGGAUUGGGUUAUGACUCAACCAGUGGUGAGUAUAAGAUCCUUCAUAUUCGGGAUGGCUUAGGUGGUUGCAAAUUACCUAGUGAAAUUCUCACGCUGAAAGGUGGCUCCUGGAGAAGCAUUGAUGAACAUCCUCGUGGCAUUUGCACUGUGUUGUUAGGUAUGCAGCCUUUGCCAUUUGUACAUGAGGCAUUUCAUUGGAUCGCUAUUUUGAAGAAGUUGAAGUGUUUCGUGGUGGUUUCGUUUAGUAUUUCAAAUGAAGUGUGUUCAUCCAAUGUUCCGUAGGCCCUAGCAUAGUAAUUGAAAUUUGCAAAAAAGAUAAUUCGAAUGUAUUUUGUGGAUUAAGUUACUAUAUCUCUAGUCUCAUUGUUUUUUAAUCAUAUGCCCUGUACCUCAUAACUUUAUUGGGAUAUCUUUAUCAGUAAAUGCCUCUUAAUUG